UUGGGCAGUGGUCUCUUAUUUUGUUCCAGAGCUGUAUAUGUAUGUAUCGACUGUAAAAAAUUUUAAGACAGAAAGGUGCAGUUGAGUUUCCAAGCCACUAGGGGCCGCUGUUGUUUUCAGACGUGUGGGCGGAGCUUCAUGUCUCCGGCCUCUAUGCUGCCUUUGUUUGGCGGAGCCUCGCGCGCCGUCUCCAUGGAGACGAGAGAGCGGGAGGCGGUGACAGAUGAUGAUGAUGGUGAUGCGGACACAGGCGGACACGGCCAUUACUGCGAAGCCACCGAGCUACAAUGUAAUUCAGCCCACAGCUCAAAGAUGUCGCCGCUGGUUCUCGGAGUAGGUGUUUGCUUGGCUGGGUGGAUCGCUCUUUAUGCACUGCUGUGUUACACAAACGGCUCUUGUGGCUAUGAAUGGAACUGUCGGCUGGUCACACUGUUUCACGGCGUCCUAGCAGUGUGUAUAACUGCAUAUAUAGGCUACGUAGAUGGACCAUGGCCUUUCACCUACCCAGGCACGAAGAACACCCCUCUCCAAAUCACAGCAAUGGUGCUCAGUCUAGGUUACUUCAUCUUCGACAUGGCCUGGUGUGUGUACUUCCAGACUGAGGGUCUGGUAAUGCUUGCCCACCACACCAUGAGCAUUCUGGGUAUUCUGCUGACCCUGUGGUUGGGUGAAUCGGGCAUCGAGUCCUGUGCCGUGAUCUUUGGCAGCGAGAUCACCAACCCGCUGCUGCAGACCCGCUGGUUCCUGAAGCACUCUGGUCGUUACAACUCUUUCCUGGGCGACUUGGUGGACGUGCUCUUUGUGCUCUUGUUCAUCAUUAUGCGAGUAUUCGUGGGCGGUGCCAUGCUGUACUGCGAGCUGAUCUCACCCAGGCCAAAGUUCAUUAUCAAGUGUGGUGGCGUGGCCAUGUAUGUCUUGUCGUGGGUGUUUGUAGCUGACAUUUUCCGCUUUGCAUACCGUAAAAGCAACGUGAAAUUCCAGCGUUGGAAAAGUCCAGCACAAGUACGUACCGAUGUCAACGGCCAAGAAAUUAAGAGGGACUAGUAGGGAAGUCUCGGCUCUCUUUAACCUGGACAUCUUUUCUAUCAGAAUAUAAACCUCUACAGGCGAUAAUCAGAUAUCAACAUGUCUAACUUUGUUAACUCUGUUUUUUAUCAACAAGAAUGUAGAGGAAUAUGACCGAGACUGGCUUUUAUAACUGUUUUACACUUGAAAUAGUAGUUUUGCUUAAUUGUUUAAGGAAAUAAUUGUUUUUUUUUUAACUUCAGAUUUUUAACUUUUCUAACAAAACACUAACUUUGCCCCAGUCUAUUUUUGUCAGAAUUUCAAAAGCCCUUUGAGUCUGAUCCUGUUGGAUGUCUCCUAAAUCUCCAGCUCAGAACACUGAAGCAUGGAGAACGGUUCUAAUGUGUUCAUUAGAAAAUUCUGAAUCAGUUAUUACAUAGAAAUACUUUAAACGAAUUCUUACUAACCCGAUGACUUGGAUGUUGAACUUAAAAGUAAUUUUUGUGUCAUGUCUUUAUUUUUAGAACUUUAGAAUUUAUUUCUAAAUAAAUAAAUAAAUAACACACUGUAUUAAUAAGCAACACACUGUGAAGCAUUCAGAAGUUUGCUUGCGUAAAUAAAAUGUCGUAAUGUUCCUUUAAGCCGCACUCAAAGUCUUGACACUUGUGUACUUGUGUACAUAUGUUGUGGUGUUUACAUUUUUUUUUUAUUUGUAAACCUAAGGAUUUUAACUAAUUUUGACAGUGAUAAUAAAUGCAAAAAAAAUAAAUUUCC